AUGGAUAGAAGCUCCCUGUUUCAGCUCAUACAAGAGCAGUGUGGGCUGUUGUUUUUCCAGCUGGACCCAGACAACACCGGUUUCAUCGCAGUGGAGAACUUCACCAGCUUGGUGGAGCACCAUGAGCUGCAGCUGGACCCGUCCAAACUGGACAUGCUGCUAGCCCUGGUCCAUAGCAAUGAAGAGGGACAGGUGUGCUACCAGGAGCUCAUCGAGCUGAUGAGCAGUAAACGCUCCAGCAGCUUCCGACGGGCCAUUGCUAAUGGCCGCCGCACGCUGCAAAGGGAGAUCCUGCUGGAUGAGACGGGACUGGGUCUGUACAAACGUUUUGUUCGCUAUGUGGCUUACGAGAUCCUGCCCUGCGAGACAGACCGACGCUGGUACUUCCACCAGAACCGCCUGUGUCCCCCACCUGUCUUCAUCGCCAUCGUCACCAUCGUCCAGAUUAUCGUGUUCAUGUGCUACGGCAUCAUGCUAAACAAGUGGGUACUGCAGACAUAUCAGCCCGACUUCAUGAAGAGCCCCCUAGUCUACCAUCCGGGCCACCGUGCACAAGUGUGGCGCUUCUUCAGCUACAUGUUCAUGCACGUCGGUUUAGAGCAGCUCGGGUUCAAUGCUUUACUGCAGCUGAUGAUUGGUGUUCCUUUGGAGAUGGUCCAUGGCAUCUUACGAAUAAGUCUGCUUUACAUGGCAGGAGUGCUGGCCGGCUCGCUGACAGUGUCCAUCACCGACAUGCGUGCUCCAGUGGUGGGGGGCUCCGGAGGGGUCUACGCUCUGUGCUCAGCGCAUCUGGCCAACGUUGUCAUGAACUGGGCCGGGAUGCGUUGUCCAUACAAGCUGCUCCGCAUGAUCCUGGCGCUGGUUUGCAUGAGUUCAGAGGUGGGUCGUGCAGUCUGGCUUCGCUUCUCACCGCAGCUGCCAUCCUCGGGGCCCCAGCCCAGCUUCAUGGCACACCUAUCGGGGGCUGUGGUCGGUAUCAGCAUGGGGCUUUUGAUUCUGCGCAGCUACGAGGAGAGUCUGCAGAAACAGUGCUCCUGGUGGGUCAUUGUCUUCUCCUUCAUCACCUUUCUCCUCUUCGCCAUCUUCUGGAACAUCUUUGCAUAUGAGCUGCUGGGGGUGCAGAUACCGCCUCCUCCCUGAUGAAGGCCCCCCCCCCACAGGCCGCCCUCCACAUACACACUGACCCCAUCCUUGCUCCAAACAAAGGUUCCCCUUUGACCAUAGUUAGCAUUUCCUCUCAAGUUAGCCUGAAAUGAAAUGAUAUGAAAUCAUUCAAAACUAAAAUCAACCAAUAAUCCUUUUUUACAGAUACUCUGCAAAUCAAAGAAGUAUGUCUCUUUUAUUAAAGAGGGAUUAUAGUAGCAACAUGUACAGGUGAAAGUCCCUCAGAUCCAUUUUGAAGAGCAUUCUAUCUUUUUAUAUAUACGUUGAAAACUCAUCCACAUUACCAGCACUAAACUUUGAGUGAACAUUUUUCACCAAUGUUCGUUCAGCAUUUCUUUAAUUUUAUUUACGGAAAGAAGAAUCUGAGCUGAUUUAUGCUGAUUGGCGUGACAAUGCUGAUUACACGAUGAGAAAAGUUCUGUCUUUCAUGAAGGUCAGAAAUCAGGAUCAGCUGCAGCUACGCCCCUUAAACUUUGUUUGUAGCACUUGCCUGAAUCUGAGAUAUUUGGCUGUGCUACAAAUCAGAGAUGCAACUGCUUUAAAAGAACUAAAGGAGUUUUUUGGGAAGAGCACAUUUAUUUCUGGCAGCAAUCAACAAAUACAGAAGCACCAAUGAAGUGUGAUUGCUGAUAUGAAUUUUUGAAUUCACAACCCUGCUGCAACUCACAGGGAGUGUGACUUGAUCCUGAAUUGCCGACACUGAUUGAAAACAAAAAAACAACUGCCAGAGCUUUUUGUUUAAAUUAAGCUGCUAAGCAGGACCUCCUGCCCGAUUAUAAAACAUCAGUCAACAUUCUUUGCAGCGCAACAGGCUUUCGCAGAGCAGUUAUAGGAAAUAUGGAGUAAAAGGUUUUAAAGAUUUGUGUGGAUUCUGUCAUCCUCAAGGAGUACCUUCAGGUUAGAGGCAUUACUGUCAUUUUCAUUUCAUGGGGUCUUAGCAAAUUAGAAGACAUCUGUUUUUUAACGUUAUUUACAAGACAUAAUACCUACACUGUGGAUACAGACUCAUAGUUCACACAACAUAGACAAAACAUGAAGAUGGGAAAUGCCCGGCGUGGCAGGAGAAAAAAGAAAACGAAAAAGAAGCUCAUGAGUAAGGGGUCACUGAAGUUUCCUGGAUGGUCAUUACUUUAGAGAGUGAACUCCUCUUGUUGCUGGGUCAAACUAACCACCAAUUUACUCAGCGCGCCAUGUAAAAUAUGCCAUGUCAUGCUCUGUGACUCACUGCGAGAAAGGACACACACACACACGCACACACACACUUCUCCUUUUGUCUUUGAGAGCAGCCACUGUCUGAUUCAGUAGGUUGAUGAGGACGAACCGAAGAGAAGAACAACACACACACACACACACACACACACACACACACACACACACACACACACAUGCAUACUGGCCUCUGCCUGUUCUCGCUCUGACAGACUGAACUGGGGAGGGCAAGGAUGUGUCAUCACCUGACCUCUGACCUUUGUGUCCCAAAGGGCAUUGGGGUCUCUCUGUCAGGCCCAGUCUAUACCUCAGCUUCUCAUUCUUAGGGACUGUAUACUUUUGUAAAGGAAUGUACCUACAAGUGUUAUUAAGUUGUCCCCUUUUUUCAUUUGAUAAUGGAUGUGUAUAAUGUAUGUUCAUAACCAAGAGUAUACUUAUUUGUAUUUGUUUCCUCUUUGAGAGGGAAGAGAGAAAAGUUUCAAAUGGUGAAAAGUUAAUGCUAUGAUUGUUGUUCUUCUGAUAACUCCUGAUAGGCUUUGAUCCUCUGAGAAAUAGUCUAUGUGGCAGAAUCCCUGUUUGUCAGAUGACCACCGAUGACUCAAGCUUGAUUUUAUAAAUCUGUAGUGCUUUACAAAAUAAGCCAUAGUAAGAACUAAUUGGAGAGGGUAAAAGAAGAAGAGGAUGAUGUGUGUUGGUACAGUAGCUACAGUGAAAUGUGUUUUUUUUGUGUGAUCAAACAUCAUUUCGGCAUUGUGAAUAUUCAACAAGUGAGGUGAAAGAAGACAAACUGUGCAAGUACGAGCCUGUGAAACUCUGGACUGUUUGAGAUAUUUUCAUGUAGCGAGAUUCAUUUUACAACUUGUUCGCCAACUUGUUUGUAGUCAUUGCAGCUUAAUUUUAAAUGUUGCCCACAUUUCCAAACUCUCCCCUGCAGCACGCAGACACCUCGCUGCAGCGUUUCUUUUGUAAAUAACAAAUUAUGGACGGAGCUUCUGUCCUAUAUUAUCUCCAGAGUGAUUCAAGCUUUUUGGAGAGCUGAGGCGAGGAUAGCAAUUACUCUUACUCAUGCUUCGUUCAAUUUUUCAGUCUUUCGAUCAAUAAUUCAUUUGAAAGUCUACUGCCUGCCUGGGGGAAAAAUUUUUAUGCAUUUACCAAUUUUGAUAGUUGGUCAUAAAUACAGUCCUCAGCAUUUGCUUCCACGUGAAACUGUGAGAAGUAACAGAAGACUCUGUGUUAAAUGAGAAAAUCCUUGUGAUAUAGCCAGGAAAAAUACAUUUAAAGAUGCAUAAAAAAAGAAAAAGAAAAGAUCAGCCAAUACAUAUAUGGAACCUUGAUAGAAAUUAUUUUGCAUACUUGGAAAUAGUAUUGCUUGGUAUAGCAACGAUGAAUAAUGCAUACACACACUGUUAGCCUAUAAUGAAGAUAAAGAGGAUGCCUAAGAGGAGGUUAAUGUGCCCUUUUAACUGAAAAAUUCAUAGGAACCCAAAAGGGUUGUAAAAAGGGCUAGUAAAUGGCUGUUUUUGUAGAACACAUUAACUGUGAAUAUUACCCCUCCUGGAAGUACAUGCAGGAUGAAAAUCAAAGGCGUUUGACUUCUUGUUGCCCCGCAAAAGAUACUCAACUAUGUACUCUUCAUACAAAGUGAAAUAGCCAGUGUUUGGUUUCUUAUUAAAUAUCUUCUGAAAAAAAGCAGACUAUAGUAUCAUAAACAGAAGACAAAAUGAGCAGUGUGUUAAUCUUAAAUAACCAGGGGAAGGGGAAACUUUUCAGGAGUAGUUUGUUUAUGUCUCUGUAAGCCAAAUCUCCCAGUACCAACACCUCCUAAAAAUAUGACACCUCCUGUCUGAUGAACGCCUUUUCCUGCUCUCAGACAGCAUCCUAAAGGAAAUGAGGAAUUGAGGCCUGACUCACAUCAUCUGGCCUGACAGUAUGUGACGGUUUAUGGUUUGUGAGGCAUGGCGGGACAGCAGAAAUAUCGGUGUUGGCACUCUUCAUAAAACCUCAGCAGCAUACGUGGAUGUCACAACACCUCCAGUGUCAGGAUGAUGCAUGACUGUUGCGGUAAUACACUGGAGCCCAAAGCUAGAACGUAAACAGGAUAUCUUCCUUCAAUAAGUGGAUCUGACAGGCUGCAUGAUGUUAAUUUAAUUGCUGUCUUUUGAGUGACAUUUGUUUUCAACAGUAUAAGAAAGGCACGGCGAGAGAUGGCAUGAGCUGAAUAGGAGCAGACUAUCAUGUGAUCCAUCACUUUGUGUAAUCCACAUGCCCCCUCUUGAUUGGUUUCUAUACAGCCAUGACUGCGAUACGAGGUGAUGUUAAAAGGUCAGUGCCAACUCAUCCGAGUGUCGUUUAUACAUGAACCCUGGUUGGUGUGACUACACACACGCUACUGUUCAUUUCUGUGCUCUUCUGAUUCAAGAAUGCAACAUACUUGACAUUUUUCUGCCGUUUCUUAUUUCCUGUUCCUGUAUUUUGUCAUAUGCAGGCUUUUCUUUUCGCACUUAUUACGAUGUAGUUAACUGACAUGUUGCCAUGUGCCAUAUUCUCUACUGCCAUAAACAUUAUUUGAUGCUUUUUUACCUCCCUAUGCCAAUCCAUUGUGCUGGUAUGCCCAAUGCCUUGUUAUCGUAUAUGCGCCCAAUACUAAGCACCGGGCAGAAAGGUUGCUUUGCAGUCAGCUGUGUGGUGUAUUAUUUUACAUGAUCAUGCACAGAAUCCAUAAGUGACAUUGAUAUUGUUAAUAUAUACAGUAGCUGCUCAGAACUGCUGCUCACCAACAAGCUAGCCAGGUUGCCUUUUCUUAGUGUUUAAUGCAACUUGGAUAUGUAUCUCACUGCGGGGACUUUGCAGGUAAAGCAGGCUACUGUAGCUCCAGAGAUGGAAUUGUUCUUACAACAAAGACAUUGAAACCUGAAAUGCUGGUUUAGGGUUUCAAGGCCCCCAAUUGUACAGACGUUUGGCUUUAGUUCUCAAAAUAUCCUGGAUGUUGAUGCAUUAAAGAUGUUUACUUUGGUCAGUUUUUAGGAUAAAUUAUCUGGUUUGGAACGGAGAACAUUGCUAAAGUCUUGGUUUCCCAUUUUCUAGCUUUGUUACGGAUACUUUUCAUGUUCAUGUUCCCAAAAACUGCCUGAGCCACUCUGUCAUGCAAAUAUUAACAGGAAGUUUCCUAAAAUGAAUCGUUUCCCUCUGAAGGUUUAAAAUUAUAAAAAGUCAUGUGUGCUGCUGUUGUAGUUUUUCAUGAGCUGCUUACUUGUAUUGAUAAAAAUGGUGCCAAGCUUACGAGGUUCAAUCUCUCAGACUAGACAAGAGGUUGUACCAACACAGCGUUUACAAAAAGAAAAAGCAGAAGCUAUUUUUCUCUGUCAUCAGGAAAACAAUUUACAUAUGGAUAAUUUAUA